UAUCUUUUAUUGGACAAGCAGAUAAGCAAGAGAGGAAAAAAAACAAAAGGCAAAAGAAAAGAAUGGUAGGAAUUUGGUCAAUUCAACCCCGCUUCAUCUCUUCAUUUCUUGGCGACUGCCGUGUCAUUCAACCUUGUCACCCACUUCAUCAACUCUUCCAUUACAACCCAGGAAAUAAACAUGUGACCCUGCAAUGCUCAAGAACUUUUAGUGGGUUAACGGAUUUGUUAUUCAACAGAAGAAAUGUAGAUGAACUUCCAAACACCAAUCGCAAACGUUUAAGACCAGGUCAAAUUUCUCCUCUUCGACCAGUUCCAGAAGAAAUACAAAGGCCUCCUUAUGUGAAGUCUAGGAAGCCACCUGGGAUUGGUAGUGGCUCAGAAGUGCAUGACAGAAACGGAAUAGAAAAGAUGAGAGCUUCGGGGAGGCUUGCUGCAGAGGUUCUUCAGUAUGCUGGGACAUUAGUCAAGCCAGGCAUUAUGACAGAUGAGAUUGACCAAGCCGUUCACCAAAUGAUCAUUGACAAUGGAGCAUAUCCGUCACCUCUUGGUUAUGGUGGAUUUCCAAAAAGCGUAUGCACAUCAGUAAACGAGUGCAUUUGUCAUGGAAUCCCAGAUUCACGUCCACUUGAGGAUGGGGAUAUUGUCAAUAUUGAUGUCACCGUUUAUCUGAAUGGUUACCAUGGUGACACAUCAGCAACGUUCUUUGUAGGAAAUGUUGAUGAGGAAGCCAAAAACUUGGUGCAGGUGACAAAAGAAUGCUUGGACAAGGCAAUAUCAAUAUGUGCACCAGGAGUUGAAUUCAAUAAAAUUGGCAAGGCUAUACAUGACCUUGCAGAUAAACAUCGCUAUGGGGUUGUUCAACAGUUCGUUGGCCAUGGAGUGGGACGUGCUUUCCACAGUGAUCCAGUCAUUCUGCAUUACAGGAACAAUGAACGUGGACGGAUGGUGCUCAAUCAAACAUUCACUAUUGAGCCGAUGCUGACAGUGGGUAGCAUAAAUGGAUUAAUAUGGGAUGACGAUUGGACAGUCGUUACAGAAGAUGGUAGUCUAUCGGCACAGUUUGAGCACACCAUUUUGAUAACUAAAGAUGGUGCUGAGAUUCUAACACAGUGCUAGUGAUGGCCCUGCAACAACAUCCAUCUAAACAAUUCUAUAUUGUUGUACAAUUCCAUAUUGGUUACUACAAUUCUCAUAUUGACCUUGUUCUAGUUUAGGUGCUGUACUAUUCUUUGAUGGAAUUUUUACGCGUUAUAGCUACUUCUAAUACAUAGUUAGUGAUGAUAACUACCUUUUAUUUUAAUUACUAAUAAUAACUAAAUACUUUUCUAAUUUAA